UUUUUUUUGCCACGCUUAAAUGAUUACGCGUCGCUCACAAGAAAUAUCAACAAAUAUGGAGUCUGAUUCUAGUAUUCCUCUGGACUCGAAGAAACGGGUCCUGAGCGAAUCAAUGCUCUCUCCUCAACUGAAAAGUUCAGCCUAUGGAUCGUUUGGUGGUGACUGCAUGGAGGGAGUACAAGUAACUCCUAAGCAUAAGACCGUGUCCAUGUCUUCUCAAGGAUCCCAGGGGCUGAGAAGAAGUGUUGGACUCCUGAAUCUAAGCAUAGAGUCAUCGCCUAAGAGAAAUACUUCAAAGUCGAAAAUAUCUCUUUUGAAACAGAAAGUGUCGGAUCAGGAGAUGGAGGAUACAAAUACCGACGUUGAAAACUGGUCACCUUUUAGAGAACCGUCAACCCCUACGAUAUCUAAGAAUCAGCUGAAGAGAGCUGCUAGUAAUAGCAGUACUAGCCUUUCGCCUUUUAUAAAUGACUCACAGAGACCGCUCAUAUUUUCAUCCUCGAAGAACAAUGGGACACUGGAAGGUGGACGCACUUCGAUUCAAACAAAAUUGAACAAACUUAGAAAGAUGGUGUCUUUGGAUAGAACAAACUUUGGGUCCGAAUGUUCACAAUCAUUACCAAACGCAUCAAUUCAUUAUCUUGACAAUAAGGAGAACUUGGAAUCUCCAUCAAAUUCACCUUCAAAGCAUGUGAGACAGAAGCAAAAAUUAGAUAAGCCAACGAACAAGAACUUGGCUACCUUGACUGCUGAGGAGAAAGAAAACGAAUACAUCACUCCAAACUCUUACAAGUUUGUGAAACCUCUUCAGACAGCUUUUAUGUCUUCUGGGCUGUUAAGCAAGAAGAAUAGAACGCUAUCUGAAUCCUUCCAUCCUCCCGAAACACCAUGCAAAAGGCCUCUUCAACUCAACAUACAAUCAACAGCACAGAGGCAAACACUACCAUCUUCAAACUUGGCAAAUGUCAUAACUGCAAGCUCUCCAAUGAUUAAUGAAAACCCUAUCUCAAGAUAUAACGAAGAAGAAUAUACCCAAAGCUCACCAUAUGCCUCCCCAUCUGUUAAUGCCACCAAUAGCAUCAACUGCAAUAACGACUCUAAUAUUUCGAGGUCAGCUCGUGCACUCAAUACGAACGGUCUAAGGGACUGUUUAUGGAAAUUUGCAAGCGAUUUCGAUAAUAGCAACGAGUCAAUUUUUGAAGAUGAUGAACCAUCAACGCCAACGAAACUUCGUGCUGCUAAAAGAGCAUUGGUCAAGAACCUCAAACUCGAUGUUUCGGAUAUUAGCACCAGUGCAACUUCAGCGGAAUCACCGAAGACACCCCAUUAUAAUAUGUCGGUGUUUUCUGAAUCGAGUGAUUUUUCACACCUUUCAAACGUUCCAAAUUCGAUAAUUGACGAUCAUUUGACAUCGAAAUUUGAGAAUGUACAAUUUGUCGGUUAUGGUGAGUUCUCUAACGUUUAUGAGAUCACUUUCCAAGGUGUAAAGUAUGCUGUGAAGCGUAUAAAGACACCAUUCUUAGGACCAAAACGCAGAAAAAGGAUAUUCGAAGAGGUUGAGUUGUUGAAGACAUUGCAAGAGAACGCUCCAAAUGACGGUGAAGGUAAGGAAUAUGUCAUUAACUUCAUCAACGAAUGGGAGCACAGCGAUCUCUUGUAUAUCAUGACAGAGUUCUGUGAGAAUGGACCUCUAGACAAAUUUUUAGCUGAUAGUGGUAAACUGUCCAAGCUUGACGAAUGGAGAAUUUGGAAAAUCAUGGUUGAAAUUGCCAUGGGUCUGAAGUAUAUCCACUCAUGUGACAUCAUGCAUUUAGAUUUGAAACCUGCCAAUAUCUUCAUUACCUUUGAAGGCUCUCUAAAGAUUGGUGAUUUUGGAAUGGCUUCCAAGUGUCCUGUGGGCAAAGGAUUUGAACGCGAAGGAGACAGGGAAUACAUCGCACCAGAGAUUAUCAGUCAAUCCAAGUACGAUAAACCAGCUGAUGUAUUUUCAUUUGGGUUGAUUAUGGUUGAGAUUGCGGCAAACAUUAUUCUUCCAGAGAAUGGUGUUCAAUGGCACAAGUUGAGAUCCGGGGAUCUGUCCGAGGCAGGACGAUUGAGCUCUGGCGAUCUGAACAACAACCUAUUCAACGAUUCCAUGAACUCCAGAAUGUCCACAUACUCGUCUCCUUUCAACAUCACCGCAUUGACCGGCUCGUCCUAUUCAUCUGUGGGUGAAAACUUCAAGAAGUUCCCACCUUGGACGCCCAAGUUCUUAAUCGACGGUAAAGGUGCCCUCGACAAGAUUGUCCAAAGGAUGAUCAACCCAAUUCCUGAACAGAGACCUACAGCGUUGGACAUCUGUAACACACUAGAGGCACAGUUUGUUGAAACGAGAAGAAAGGCCGGCGCAGUAAUCUACGAAGGGGAGUAUGGCCCACAGCCAGACGCCGAGGAGGACGCAUUGAUGAGUAGCGAAGUCAAGAAUCUCAACUUAGGCUUCUCUUCGCCUCUGAUCGCCAUCACAAGUGAUCUCAUGGACCCCGAUGAGUGGUGAACGCACUCCUCACAUUUAUACCUCCACCACCACCCCCACCUUAUGAACCCGCUUGCUUCUACUUAGCAUCACUUAUUAACGAUUUAAAGAGACGA